AUGAUAGAUGGUAAUUACUUAUUUUAUAUUUUAGGAUGGCAAGAUUAUCUUAAUAAUGUUAAUUUCUAUACUUGUGGAGGGAGUAAAUAUUUUGGGAUAUCUACUAAUAAUUGGAUUGCCAUUAGCAGAAUAUUUUUAGAUCUAGAACCUCAUUCUCAUAUUAUAGUGGAAGCGGAAUUUCAUAUGUAAUUAUAUUCUUUAUUACAAAAGUAUUGGUAACUAAACUUCACCUACAUUUUAAAUAGAUGAAUAAUCAAUCAGCUAUUAUUCAGUGAUUUCAUCUUAAGAUUGUGGUAAUUCACAACCAGAAUAUUUAAAAACUUUUUCUAUAACUUAUUCACAUAAUAGAAGAAAUGUUUGGACAACUAUUUUGAACGAAUCAGGAUUUUAAAUAUUAGAAAACAUUUGUUUCCCUUUUUGUGGAGAUAAAUUAAUUCUUGAAGAGUAUGAGGAUUGUGAUGAUGGUAAUGAGCAAACUUAUGAUGGUUGCUUUCAAUGUAAAUUUAAAUGCAUUGAAGAUUGCAACAUAUGUGAAAAAGGAUAAUGUAUAUUAAAAUGUCAAGAUGGAUAUGAAUUUGUUAAUAAUAGUUGUCUUUCUGUUUGUGGUGAUCAAAUAAUCACAAAAGAAGAGAAUUGCGAUAAUGGUAAUUUGCGACUUUAUAAUGGUUGUUUUAAUUGCAAGUUUUUCUUGUUCAGAAAAUUGCUUUGAUUGCUCUUAAGGUACUUGUUUAGAGUGCAAUUACCAAAACUAAUUACUAAUUUCUAAUUAAUGCAAAUAUUAAUUAAAUUGUGGAGAUGGAUUGCUUUAGGAAUCAGAGGAUUGCGAUGAUGGAAAUUAUUUAGCAGAGGAUGGAUGCAAGGAUUGUUUAAUUCAACAAAAUUGGAUAUGCAUUACAAUCACAAGAGAUACUUAAAGCUAAUGCUCAUUUGUCCAAGCUCCAAUUUUAGUAAUUAACUAUCUCAAUAUGACUUAAAAUAAAAAGUAAAUAAGCAUAUAAUUUAAUUUAAAAGUAAAAAUUUAAGAGGUUAACCCUUAUCAGAAACUAUAAUUUUGAAAUAUCAAAUAUAGAAAAGAAGAACUGGAAUAGCAACUUAUAUAUUAUCAAGGAUGUUGGAUCAAAUGUAAGUUUUGGAGAAUUUAUCAUCUCAAUUGAAAUAUAAUAAUUACUUGAAUUUAGGCCAGUCUUAAAAAUUAUAGUAAAUUAGACUGUUUCUAAUAUAGAUGAUGUUAUCUUAGAUGUUUUUGAAAAAUCAAUCACUUUGAAAUAUACAAAAUUUCUUGAUGAAAAACAAAUGGAUUAUUCUUAAAAUUUGAAAAACCUUAAUAAAUAUAUGAUUUUUAGUUUGUCUGGAAUUACUGGAAUAAAUCUACUAUUUGGAAGUGUUGAUUUAUUUUUUGAAAUUAUGGCAAUUUCUUAAUUCUAGCAAUACUUAAAAUACAUUAAUCAGUAAUACCCAUAAAAUAUGGAGAUUUAUUUUUCUGUUUAUGAUAACUAUUUAGCCUCUCCUGGAUUUCAUCUAUUUUCCUCAAAUUUUUUAGUUUUUUAAUAUUAAUAUUGUGAAGGAAAAUUUAACGCAUAUAAUUAAAACACUAAUUUGAUCAUCAAUCUUUCAAGUCCAAUAUUGAAAUUCAUAAUAUUUUUAUAAGUUAAUUCUAUAAUAUCAAACUAUAUUCUUUAUUUUGUUGUCUCAAUGGCUAAAAUGGCUUUGUACAAUUGGAUAUUUUGUUUAAGGUACUUUAACAAUAUGACAUCAUUAUCAUUAUAUAUAAAUCCAAAAGUAAUUUUUAAGUGUAGUUAAUCCUUUUAUAACAUUUGUUUAGAAUUAAUUAAGUUGAAAAGAUUUAUGAUUUUUAAGGAUUAUAAAACGAAUUAUUUCUCAAUGGUUGGGAUAUGA